AUGUUAGGAGCAACAACGGAUUAUGAUGAUUUAGAUCUCUUAAUAACGCUAGCUCUUAAGGUUUUGUCAAGGAAAUCUUAUAAAGUCAAGAGGGAAGAUAUUCUACCUGCAUCGAUUGCAAUAAUAUUUCUAUCACAUUCUGAUGUAAUUUGUAUCCGGUCAAAUUCGUUGAGUGCACUUGGACAUGAAAUUUGUGAGGCUUCGAAAGUCUAA